AUGUUCGGCGUCAUCGUCUCAGGCCGUCCGGUCCUCACCGACGCGCAAGCUGUCUCCGAGACCCAAUUCGCCUUUCAGAUCCCCUCCGUACCUACCUUCUCGCACAUCGUGGUGUUUCUCCUCCCAGGAACGACAUUGCCCGAUGGAACGGCCGCAGCGGUAUACGCGCAGUUGCCCUACACGUCCGAGUUCAAGCUCCUAGGCGCGAUCGCGAACGAGAAACCGAGCGCCAUAUUCAAGGUCAACAACAGAGCCGGCGGGCCAGCUGGAGGCGGCGUUGGCAACGAGGAUGCUAUGGUCGACGCAAGUGUGCCUCUGAAUGGCGCUGCGGUGCCUCCACUCGCCCUCGGCAUCUCGGUGGAGCCUGCAAUGCAGGUUGCCGCGAACCUGGAGCAGCAGAAGGCUCAGGGUUCGACAAAUCCAAACGCGGGCACCGAGAUGGUACUGAGGCAGAAUCCCGUCACAACCAAGGUCCUGGCCCAGCGCAUCAUCAAAAACUGCUACGACUUCCUUACGAGCUGGGGCAGCGGGGACACGGUGCCGUUGAAGGCUUUCCAGGCGUGGUGGACCAAAUUUGAGAACAAGAUCGAGCACGACCCCAGCUUCUUGGAGAGGAGCGACGGUGGCUAA